AUGAAUAACAUUUCGAAUGACUUGCUUGACAAAUUUUACGAUCUCGCUGAUUUUGACAGGAACAAGCGUCAUAAUGCUGUGAUAACUCUACUGAAAGAAUUUAAACUGCAAGAAUGGUAUUUUGUGGAAAGGUUAAUAAGCGGUCUAUCAUCAUCACGUGCUGCUGCUCGGAUUGGUUAUACAAAUGCACUUGCUGUAAUUCUUUCCACAGUAGGGAAAGACUGGACUCCAAAAUCUUUGUUUACAUUGGCAGAACAAAAACUCCCUAUGGAUGAAACAGAAAAUCCUGGAUCAUUUCUUGGCCAUCACUUUUUGCACUUUGCUAUGGUGUGUAGCGAUAUUUACGAAAAAGCCCUUUGUGAUAUUGUAAAACGAGAAAUGUAUUUGAUGGACAAAGGCUUGGCUUAUGCAGCAGCAGAUUUAUUAGCUCUUUGUGGAAAUAAAUUGCAAGCAAGGAAAUUUGCAAAAGAUUUCUGGCCUCUUGUGAAAGAAAAUGUUGUAAAACCACUCGAUUUACUUGCACCAGAAUGGUUUUAUUUUGUUCUUAUGGUUGUCGAAAAGCAUGCUAGUACGUUAAAAUCGGAAAUAUCAUUCGUGACAGAAAAUGGAGAACUGUGUUUUGAUAGUCAGAACUUCACAACAGUCACUAACAUACUGAAGAAAGCUGAUAGUUUUGGUGGAGUUGAACUCGUAUUAAAAUUAUUAUUGUCUUCCCGGAAAUCAAAUAAUUUUAGGACUGUUUACCGUGAAAUUGUUGAAAAGUGGUUGUUUCAUGGUGAUCAGCACAAGGUUAUAUCUCGUGUGUUGCCCUUUAUUAAUAUAUUACUGCAAAAAUUAGAUCCCGAACCUACUGAAUUACUUGCUGUAUUUUCUCCCGAAUUUGUACGCUUCAUAAGGUCAUUAAGAAAGAGCGCCGAAUAUUUUGUUAUUUAUUCUACAGUGGAAGCUGUUAUGAUGGCUCUUAAAAAGUCUCUUAUUUCAAAAGAGUGGGAAGCAGACUGUGCUGCUGAAUUGCUCAAUAAUUUUGAUCAUGUUGGAGAUGGAAAUUUUGAUGAAUUUGUUGGUAGAAGUUUGAAAAUAACAGAUAAGAUUCUUUUGCGAGUUCCCGAUAAAGUUCAGGAUCUAAUGUCUGAAGCUCUGAAGGAGGGAGGUUGGAAAUUAAGACGAAUAGCUAAUGUGUUUCCACAUUGGCCAUCAAAUGCUCAGGGCGAUGUUUUGAAGCAGUUUUGUAAAAAUAAUAACUGGACGGUGGAAACGCGCAAUGCGUUUUGUUGCUGUGUUGCAUCUUUAUUUGAUGUUAAUCUAAAGAUUGGGAUCAGUGUCGGAGUUCAUUAUAAAGAAGAGUACGAAAACAUUCUAAAAAAGUUUAUCAGAAAAAAUGGAAUAGAACUUAAAUUACCAGUCACUAAUGAUCGAAUGCUCACGGUUUUUAUCAAUGUGCUUGCAAUUUGGGUAAUCACAGCAUCAAAUCCUGAUGAACGAUUAGCGUAUGUAAGAGAUCUUGAGGAAUUAUCGACAAUUUCUGGGAAAAUAUCUGACAAUGAAAGUAGCAACAGCAUAUCGGUCCUAAUUGAUUUAUUGCUUUCUUUAUUAAGUCGGUCUCGUCGACACCAUCAGUCUGUCGCUCAUUACGUCUUUAUUUCCUUUAUUCCGCAAAUGAAUUUAGAGAAUUUGUUACAUAUUUUGGAGGUCUCAACAAUCAAUCUCAGCGAUGAAGAAUUAAUUCGAGAUAAAGAAGAUAGUGAUAGUGUUGAUGAAGAAAUUAGUGAUGAGGAUGAAUAUAAUAAACAUGAAGAGAGUGAUGGUGAAAAUACUUCGAAAAUCAAUACUGUUAAUGAUGAUGACAGCGAAACAGAUGAAGAAAUAAAUGGUUCAGGGCUUGAUGAAAAUAUGGAAGGAAGUGAAGUUAGCGAAGAGUUCAUUGAUAAUUUGAAAGCAGCACUCGGUCCAGCUGCUGCAGACUCUGGUGAUGAUGACAGAAGUAGUUUGUCAUCGACAGUCAGUGAUGAUACGAUGUUUCGUUUGGAUGAAGGUCUUGCAGCUGUUUUCCGUAAACGAAUGAAGAAUUCACGAGCUCUCAGUACAGCUUUAGUGGAACAAGCUCGGCAACUUCGUGCUAGAUGUUUUGACUUGUUACUGAUUGCAGUAUCUUCUGAAGCUGCUACAUUUAAGGCAGCUGAACUUAUUCUGCCUUUAAUCAAAAGUGCUCAACAUGCCCUGCGCAGAAAAGAUGGCGAGAUGGUUUUCCGAAAAGCUACAAAUCUGUUGAAAGUCAUCGUGAAAUAUAGAAAGAAUCAACUGAAUGAAGACAUGGCAAUUGAAAUGCUGGAUGAGCUUGUAUCUGUAACUUCUCAAGUCAUCAAUCCUGUUAUGAAAGAUCUAAUUGGAGAUGCUGUCAGUUUUUUGUUCUCAGCUUGCUAUAAUGCGAAGGAGAAUAUUGUUUCUAAGAACAUGCGUGAAAAAAUAUUUGAUUUAUUUGAAAAAUAUAUUACGAAAAACCAUCACGUAAUGAACGACAUUGUCACUACUCCGAUCAUUAAGUACCCGCAAGCAUACUUCAGUGAACUCCCACGAAUUAUUGAUUUCGCAUUUGAUGAAAAUAUUCGCGCUUUUCAAAGAACCGAAGCUUUAUCAUGCGCUCUAGCUUUCUUGCGGAAAGAUUUGGCCAAAACAGAGAAAACUGAAGAGCGGAAAAUUUGGAAGAGAGUCACGAAAUGCCUCUGUGUUUUUGCUCAAAAGUACUUCUCAGAGUUUAGUUUGGAUAAUGCGAAACCACGAUUUUUUGCUUAUUUGGUACGAAUCCUGACCUCGUUUGCAUCACUUGCAGAAAAAUCCAACAAAAUGGCAUUAAGAGAAGCAUUAGUAGAUGGAUUGCAAAAUUUAUGCGAUAACAGUGAGUCUUGGAAUACGAGCAAUAAACUGAAAAGUUUGAAUUGUGCUUCAAAAAGUAUUUGCGGACGAAAUUCUUUAGCAUCACUUAAACACUUGCUAAGCAUUCUAGAUCACUGA